CAAGUCACGCGCCACUUGCGGCCGGGGAGCCCUCGUCACGGCGCACAGCGGGCAGUGUCUGUCAGUGGCGCGAGUACCUCAAAGCCGCUCAGCGCGUCUGACGUCACGCCUCCGCGGCCACCUACUGCAGCCGUCAGCGGGCGACUCGAGAACCUGUUAAGAGUGACGGAAUAGUGUUGAUCCUCAGCGGCUGCCCAUCAGCAUCCAUUCCACAGUGGACUUCACUGCUUUCACUUGACAGACGCCUGCAGUAUGAAGACAUCGUUGGCAGUCGCGUUGCUCGUGGCUAGCUUCGCAGCCACGUCCGUCACUCACCACACUUCCUGUAGGUCUCCGCACAUAAUUUUCAUCAUUGUCGACGACAUGGGUUGGAACGACGUGAGCUUCCACGGCUCUGACCAGAUACCUACCCCGAACAUCGACGCACUGGCCUACCAUGGGGUCAUCCUGAACCAGCACUACGUGCAGGCCAUCUGCACGCCUUCCAGGGCAGCCCUCAUGACGUCCAGGUACCCAGUCCGCAUAGGUAUGCAGGGUGUGCCGAUAUACGCAGCGGAACCACGCGGCCUUCCCGAAGGCAAGAUCCUGCCGCAGUACCUGAAGGAGCUGGGCUACGUCACCAGGGCCGUGGGCAAGUGGCACCUGGGCUACCACAGGAAGGAGCUGACGCCCACGUUCCGCGGCUUCGACUCCCACUUCGGCUACUGGAACGGCUUCGUCGGUUACUACGAUUACAUCCUGCAAGCCGGGAACCUCAACGGGUACGACCUGCGGCGCAACAUGAGCACCGCGUGGGACCUCUCUGGGCGCUACGCCACCGACGUCUUCACAGAGGAGGCCGAGCGGCUGAUCGCGGACCACGACGCCAGGAAGCCGCUCUUCCUCUACCUGGCGCACCUCGCGAUGCACGCCGGGAAUCCAGCGAGGCUGCUGGAAGCUCCGCAAGAGUACGUCAGUCGCUUCAGCUACAUCUCAGACCCGAACCGACGGGUGUACGCAGGGGCGAUGGCCAAGCUGGAUGAGUCCGUGGGGCGAGUGGUGACGGCGCUGGAGCGACGUGGCAUGCUGGAGAACUCCGUCAUCGUCUUCUCCUCAGACAACGGUGCGCCCACGAUCGGCGAAUACCCCAACUGGGGCUCCAAUUACCCAUUUAGAGGACUAAAGGAGACGCUUUGGGAGGGCGGGGUUCGUGUCGCGUCGCUGGUGUGGAGUCCGCUGCUGCAGAACACGCCCAGGGUGUCCCACCAGCUGAUGCACAUCACCGAUUGGCUGCCCACGCUCUACUCUGCCGCCUGUGGUGACGUAUCCUCGCUGCCCCGUGACCUUGACGGCGUGGACCAAUGGGAGGCGCUGGUAAAGGGCUCGGUGUCCCGCCGCACGGAGCUGCUGCUCAACGCCGACGAGGCGAGUGAGACGGCCGCCGUCCGAGUAGGAGACUGGAAGCUCGUCAUAGGAACGCUGCAGAACGGCUCUCUGGACGGCUUCUUCGGCGCCUCUGGGAGAGAGGACGCAGCCCGCAUGCCGCCUUACGACCCCGAGGCCGUAGCCUCGAGCCCCUGCGGGCGCGCAGUGUCGCGAGCUGUGAGCGCCGCGACGCCUGCAGACGCCAUGCUGCGGCUGCGACGCGACGCCACCGUCAGCUGCGCGUCCAACUCGUCGACGCCGCGGUGCGUGCCCAGGUCCAGCUACGAGGCGUGCCUCUUCAACCUGAGGGAGGACCCCUGCGAGCAGGAGGGCGUGGUGGCCGGUAGCCAGCCGCUCCUCAAGGACUUCCUGCUGGAGCGCCUCGUCGCCCUGCGGACGCCCUGGGUACGGCAGGCAGACCUGCUGCUGCAGAACUCACUUGCCGAUCCUGCCCGCUUCAACAACACCUGGUCGCCCUGGACAGACUGCCUGUGGGACUACACCGAUUCUUUCUGCAACCACGUCUGAGCGUCCCCAGUUGCCACAACAGCUGCGCCUUCUGCGACACUGCGUCUGUUACUGAACAAGCUCGUUGUGCAACCAUGUCUGAACGUCUCCCAUUUGAACAGUACCUGACCCUCCUUGGAAGACUACUUGAUGGGCUACCUGGACUACCUGAGCGCCUACAGUUUCAACAGUAACUCGCCAACUCUGGUGGACCCUUUUUGAGGUACUAGCUGGAUUCCUUCUGGAACCACAUCUGAGUGUUUCCAAUUUCAGUCACACAUACCUCCCUCGGCGGACUGUUAGAGGGACUACAUGCACUUCUUCUGGAAGCACUUCUGAGUAUCUACAACUUCAGCAACUCCUAAUACACCUUGGGCGACUGCUUGAGAGAUUACCUCGGCUCUUUGAAUGACACCUUAAGUCCUUCAACUUCAACACCAACUGGCCCUAUUCACUGGCUGCUUGAGGAAUUACCUGAAUACCUUAUUCAAUCACAUCUGAGUGUCUUAAGCUUCAAUAAAUGCUAGCCUGUCCAUCGCCUCCUUUUAGUAGACUAUUUGAGGGACUACCUGGAGUUCUUCUACAACACUAUCUGAACUUCUCGAUUUUCAGGAAAACCUAUCCAUCACAAGCUACUUGAAGGAUAACCCGACUCCUUCCAUAACCACGCCCUAGCCCCUCCGGCUUAAUACCUGCUAUCUUUGAUGCACUGAUUGAUGGACUACUUGAGCUCCUUCUGCAGUCACAUUCACGUGCGUAUAACAUCACCAUCUCUACUCCUUCUGCAAUCGGGUCUCCUGCAUACAGCGAUAUAGAUCUUUUCGCUGUGCAUACGUGAUACCCAACCAGACAUAAGAUAGCCUCAGUCCUUCCAGUUCUCAGUUUUUAAAUUAAACUGCAUAACAUCUCAUCAAUUUCCCUCCAUUUUUCCAUGCAUCAGUAAUUAAUUUUUAGGCCGAUUCUCAUGAAAAAUCACGGUAUUUUGUACUUAUACUAUUUGCAUAUCAUUUAUUGUGGGACUAUUUCCUCUGUACUCUUCUUCACUUGAAAUUCAUUUUAUGCAAUGAAAUGAAAUCAAUGCAAUGAUCUGGAUGAAGGUAGUGACGAAACAAUGAAUUGAAAUGAUAUCAGUACAGAUCGUUUACAUAAUUUGAACUUGUAUUUAAGUGGUAUGUAUUUACAAGUAAAAAUUGUUACCGCACUGGGAUUCGAAACCUGUAAGGCCAUGAGUCGAAUCAUAUCCUAACCUUCGUAAGCGUUUACUUUAAAAAUGAAGCUGCCUGAGCAGGCUUCACGUUCGAGGCCAACAUUCAUUGGCGCUGAUUUUCCCAUCCAUGAUUUUCAAACUCUGAUACGACAGAUUCUCCUAUGGAGUUCUCCUUCUUCUCCAUUCCCAAACUAUUGCAAUGUAAAUGAACUCAGUGACGGAAUCUUUAGUAGUAGUGUUCUGAAACUACGCACAGAAUCGUUACUGAUCCUGAAAGUUUGAUUAUGCCCUUGGGGCGGACUCAAGUAGCUUUGUGGUUAACACAGAUUCUGUAGAAAAACAGGAAAUUAGGAUCCGAGCUGCAGUGUAGCAUUAAAUCUCAUUUAUCACUACACAAUCGUGUUCUUUAUUCACUUAAUCCUGUGGUUAUCUUUUAUCCCCUUCUAAUAUUAAUUGUCAAUUCCCUUGGUAACUCUAAAAUUCUUUAUCCCUAUCAAGUGACGUAGACUUCAACUCAAGUUUACCUUACGGUAACAGACAUCUGUCUUUCUUCAUUCCUGAAGUUUCCUUCACUGCACCCACGUUUAAAUUAUCGUUUUGGGAUUUUUCCUAAUUCUAAGAUGUAUCUUAAGGCCGAUGUCAUUGAGAUCAUACGUUCUCAAGGAUAGAGAAUUUGUGCUGGGACUACAACAUUGUAUUGUCCAAAUUAGCAAUUUGCUGACAGAUAUUUUCAUUACAAUUCUCACUAGUUAAUUACAGUGCCUCAUACAGAUAUUAUUGCACACAAAAGAUGAAAGACGAAUGUGAUAUUGAAAGGUAUCCCUAGUGGGGACUGUUUAAGUGACUGACAAUGUUGGCAUAAUUUCAGUUUUCUAAUAACAUUUCUUUUUUUCUUUAAAACAGACAUAAAUUAUGCAAAAGGAAUUAUUGUUUCAAUAUUGUAAACAAUUAACAGGUGAUUCAAGACUACACUGGACAAAGACCUGUGUGACAGAGACAGUAUAACUAGUGGAGUGAAUCAAGUACUCUGGCCCUAAAAAUGUCGAUAAUGAAAACUUAAUUGAUCUGACGAAGACCAUACCUUGAGCGAUAAAAUCUGCUGUAGUUUCUCUUUAUAGGUGCAGCUGAGAGCAAAUGGCGAUUGAAAUCUGUAUGCCCUGAAAAUGCAGGAGCGGCAAUACAUUAACCUCUUUGUUUCAUGUGGCGAUGUAUCUUGCAGCUGGCGUGAUGUGUGCGGCGAAGGUGAGACAUGGAGGCGGCACCUGUGAAUCGAUCGCGGCCACGAAAGAAAUGCAAAAAUCUCACAAUCUAGAGAUCAGGAAGACAGAUCGCAAAUUUCAUCUCGAUCAGAGCCCUGAAAUCACAGUAGAUGUCAGUGUGUACUACACCCGUUUGCUGGUCGUACCAAGGACCAGUCUGACUCACUUAUACGACAGUGUGCACGAGGAUACCACACGUGAAAACUGGUAAACCAGAUACGAAUAAGGGUGCCCUCAGCAAACAAGUACUCCAAGAAGUUUGAUGUCACACUGUCGGUACAGUAAAAAGUCUUCGCCACAGGCUCCCAGUCUAAACUACUCGCAAGUGAACUCAGUCUUAGGACAGGUCCCAAGUACCAAGCACACAUGCCAUAACUUCUACCCAAAGUGUUUUCAGACCAAUGUCCCGCAGCUGAGUGCUUUGCACCUCUGCAGGAAGAAAAUCCAUUUUCCCAUGAAGGGUACGAACAGCACCACCUUCAUGCCGUCUUGAGCAAUUCACAGGGCUCUAGAGGCGCUAAAUUUCCCCUCCCACACGACAGCACAAACCCAUGUCGAACUAGGGUAAGAGUUAAAAAACUUUCGUCUCUGAAGAAAAGAAACCGCCAAUUAUGGUUGUUUUUUUUUUAAAGUUUUUACAGAGGGGGAAGAGAUGUUUUUCGUUUUUUUUUUAAGUUCUUACAGAGGGGGAAGAGAUGUUUUUCUCUGAGGUCGUGUCACUUCCCACAGCAACAAGCGAAUAGAUACAAUCUCAAAGAUUCUCGCUUUUUAGUAUCUCUAAAUCAUUUUUAGACGCCGAAUUUUUCUUCAACAGCCAAGGUAGCUGUGGAAGGUGGUUCACUGGUCUAUUUGCAGUAUUAGUGUACAUGAAAACUUGUGAUUAUUGAUUACAUGUUGCUCUGCACACAAUGCCCAGUUUAUGAGACCACUAUAUAGACACGUUCCUUUAGAGCAUCACACCAGCCCAGACCUUCUUCUGGCGACACAGCAGGUAUCACAGCAUUGUUCUGCUGGAGCCCUGCCUCGACGAGCGGCUGCCCUGUCUGCCCUGUACGGCUAUGGGCUUGUCUUGCAAGAUUUACUGAGGGAUAGAGUGGCCGCCAGUUGAUUUCAACUCCCAACAUGCCAUUUCUAUGAGCUAAGAACCAUAAAAGUACCUCAUGCUUUUAGCGCCCUACCAGGCUCAUCAACAUCUGUGAAAGGUGCCCCAGGUUGUAAUGAAAUCUAUAAUAAUUUUCUGUAUACAGAAACUAGGUGAGAGAGUUAACUUGUCCUCUCUCAUCGUCAUUGAUAUUUCCAAGUAAAAAAUAGCAAAUAGUGAAGUAAGUUACUUUGCUGAACAUUAUAUGUAAGAAUUCAGGAACCGUAAUGAGAAUAGGUGAGAUGUAGCAGCAACUUCAGAUUUAAUACUCUGUUUCUGUUGUCAUCUCCACUGAUAAGGCCAUCAAGAUUCAAAUGUGGGGAGUGUCUUGGAAUUUUUUUUAUCACUCUUAUGUACAUGUGACUACUUCUUUGUAUUAUACCAAACAAAUAUUUGAA